AUGAAAACAUCUCUGUCAAUCCUACAGAGAGUCUCGACCAGUCGUUCCCUCUCAAGCUCCUUCUCCUCUUCCCACCACCUCACUACCACCACCACCACCACCACCGCCGACCCUUUCCUGUCUCACCCAUCUCAUAACCAUCUCUCCUCCGUACGCUCCAAAGAAGAUCUCCUAAAAUCCUACACAGUCACUCCCCCAAUCAAACCAUGGCCACUACGUCUCUACCCCAAACGCCUUGUCUCCAUGAUUCAUCGUCAGCAGAACCUCGACCUCGCCGUCCAGAUUUUCGACCAUGCCGGCAAGUUCCAUUCUGGGUUUUCCCAUAACUACGACACCUACAACGCCAUCAUCGAGAAGCUCGCCCGUGCUCGAGCUUUCCAACCCUUGGAAACCCUUCUUUCUGACCUCCAAUGUUCACACAUCACAUGUGGAGAGAACCUCUUCGUAACGGUGAUCCGUAAUUACGGUAUCGCCAGCCGCCCCAAGCAGGCCAUCCAAACCUUCCUCCGGAUCCCAGAGUUCGGUGUUGAUCGAUCCGUCAGAUCCUUCAAUACGCUCUUGAACGCUAUGAUUCAAAACAAACGAUACGACUUGGUGCAUCUCUUGUUUAAGAACUGUAGGAAGAAGUUCGGGAUCAUUCCUAAUGUCUUUACAAGUAAUAUUUUGGUCAAGGCUUUGUGUAAGAAGAAUGAUUUAGAUGGGGCACUUAAGAUUUUGGAUGAAAUGCCAGCGAUGGGGAUGGUUCCCAAUCUCGUCACCUACACAACGAUAUUAGGCGGUUAUUGUUUCCGUGGUGAUAUGACUGGAGCCAAGAAGGUUUUUUAUGAGAUCUUGGAUCGUGGAUGGAUUCCGGAUGCGACGACAUAUACGAUCUUGAUGGACGGAUUCUGUAAGCAAGGGAGGUUGAUCGAUGCUGUUAAGGUCAUGGACGAUAUGGAAGAGAAUGGAGUUGAUGCCAAUGAGGUUACUUAUGGAGUCAUGAUUGAGGCCUACUGUAAAGAAAGGAAAUCUGGUGAAGCUCUGAAUUUGCUCGAUGAUAUGCUUGAGAAAAAAUUCAUACCAAGCUCGGCGCUCUGUUGCAAGGUGAUUGAUGUUUUAUGUGAGGAGGGGAAAGUUGAAGAUGCUUGUAUUCUGUGGAAGAAGCUAUUGAGGAAAAAUUGCACUCCAGAUAAUGCUAUCUCGAGCACACUCAUUUACUGGCUGUGUAAGAAGGGUAAGAUCUCGGAAGCAAAGGAGCUGUUUGACGAGUUCGAAAAGGGAUCAAUUCCUAGUAUUUUGACAUAUAACACGCUAAUCUCAGGAAUGUGCGAGAGGGGGGAGUUGCAGGAGGCUGGAAGGUUAUGGGAUGACAUGGUGGGGAAGGGAUGUGUUCCGAAUGCAUUCACCUAUACCAUGUUGAUUAAGGGGUUCUGUAAAGUGGGUAAAGCAAAGGAAGGAGUCAGGGUUUUCGAGGAGAUGUUGGAGAAGGGAUGUAUGCCAAAUAAGUCAACAUACUCUAUCUUGGUUGAAGGGCUUAACCAGUCAGGAAUGCAAGAUGAUGUGACCAAGGUUCUUCUCAUGGCAAUUAAUUCUAAAGAGGCCUUCCUCGACACUGAUUCGUGGGAGGUAUUUGUGAGCAAGGUUGGCUGCAAUUUGAAUAGCUCAAGAGUAAUUCUAGAGAGGGUAUUAUCAACAAUUGCUGGUUGAUCGUAUUUCAGAAGUUAAGCAGGUAAUGAGAGCUAAAUUUUGGGCAUGCUAUUUCGGAGACACAUUCCCUUGGAACAAGUUAAAAAUAUAGCUUUUGGAUGAUCCCUCUGAAAAAAAAAACCACUCCACUGACUAUUCAAGGCUUAUGGCAGAGCUGCAUGUCAUUGUUCACUUUUAUAAUUUGUUGAACACCCUGGGACCUUCAGAGGCUAAUGAAUUAAAUCACCAGUUUAGCUUGUUGAGUCUGUGUAGCUAGCUUGGUGCUCAUGUGGGUAUAGUGAUUGCAGUAAAA